GCAUGUCUAAUAUUUAGACAUGUUCAGGUUUCUGGAUUCGCGGACAUUAUUACUGCUUGCUGCAGUGCAAGCUCUCCUCAUCACUGUUGUCAGAUGUCAAGACAGAGAUAUCCAGGACCUGAAAGUGAACUGUUUGCAAGACGGGCAGAUGUACAGUGACAAAGAUGUGUGGAAACCCGAGCCUUGUAGAAUCUGUGUCUGUGAUUCUGGGAUUAUCCUUUGUGACGAGAUAAUCUGCGAAGAUCUUAAAGAUUGCCCUAAUCCUGAGAUUCCUUCUGGAGAAUGCUGCCCUGUCUGUCAGAAAGACCGACCUGCUCCCAGCGAUCGGCAGAGAGGUCCGAAGGGACAAAAAGGUGAACCAGGCGAUAUUAAAGAUGUUGUAGGACCAAGGGGACCUCCAGGCCCACAGGGACCACCUGGAGAGCAAGGCUUAAGGGGACCACGCGGAGAGAAGGGUGAAGCUGGUGCGCCUGGUCCACGUGGGAGAGAUGGGGUACCUGGAACUCCUGGAAACCCUGGCCCACCCGGACCACCUGGAUCAUCCGGCAUGUCUGACUUUGGCGGAAACUUCGCUUCUCAAAUGGCACGAGGGUUUGAUGAGAAAGCAGGAGGUGCUCAGAUGGGUGUCAUGCAAGGACCAAUGGGCCCCAUGGGACCCAGAGGACCCCCAGGACCCACAGGUGCUCCCGGUCCUCAAGGGUUCCAAGGAUCUCCUGGAGAACCUGGUGAAUCUGGUGCUGCUGGUCCCAUGGGUCCUCGAGGUCCUCCUGGACCUGCUGGUAAACCUGGUUCUGAUGGUGAGGCUGGAAAACCUGGAAAAGCUGGUGAACGCGGACCCCCAGGUCCACAGGGUGCUCGUGGUUUCCCAGGAACCCCAGGUCUUCCAGGUGUCAAAGGUCACAGGGGUUACCCAGGCCUUGACGGUGCUAAAGGUGAAGCCGGUGCUGUAGGUGCAAAGGGUGAAGCAGGCGCUGCUGGAGAGAAUGGAGCUCCUGGUCCUAUGGGUCCACGUGGUCUGCCUGGUGAGAGAGGUCGUCCUGGAGCUCCUGGUUCAGCUGGUGCCCGUGGUAAUGAUGGUCUGCCUGGUCCAGCCGGUCCUCCAGGUCCUGUCGGUCCUGCUGGCGCUCCCGGUUUCCCAGGUGCUCCAGGUUCGAAGGGAGAAGCUGGUCCAACUGGUGCUCGUGGUCCUGAGGGUGCUCAGGGUUCAAGAGGAGAGUCAGGAAGCCCCGGAUCCCCAGGCCCUGCUGGAGCUCCCGGUAACCCUGGUACUGACGGUAUUCCUGGAGCCAAAGGUUCUGCUGGUGCUCCUGGCAUUGCUGGUGCUCCCGGUUUCCCUGGUCCACGUGGCCCUCCAGGUCCACAAGGCGCUACUGGCCCUCUCGGUCCUAAAGGUCAACAAGGUGAGCCUGGUGUUGCAGGAUUCAAGGGAGAAGCAGGCCCGAAAGGAGAACCUGGUCCUGCUGGUCCUCAAGGUGCUCCCGGCCCAGCUGGCGAAGAAGGCAAGAGAGGCCCUCGUGGUGAACCAGGGGCUGCUGGUCCAAAUGGUCCUCCUGGCGAGAGAGGUGCUCCCGGUAACCGUGGUUUCCCAGGUCAGGAUGGUCUUGCAGGUCCUAAGGGUGCUCCUGGUGAACGUGGUGCUCCUGGUGUUCAUGGUCCUAAAGGUGCUAAUGGGGAUCCUGGUCGCCCUGGUGAACCUGGUCUGCCAGGCGCAAGAGGUCUUACAGGUCGUCCUGGAGAUGCUGGUCCCCAAGGCAAAGUUGGAGCUACUGGUGCCCCUGGUGAAGAUGGCCGCCCUGGCCCACCCGGUCCACAGGGUGCUAGGGGACAGCCUGGCGUGAUGGGUUUCCCAGGACCAAAGGGUGCGACUGGCGAGGCUGGCAAGGCUGGUGAAAAGGGUCUCAUUGGUGCUCCUGGGUUGAGGGGUCUGCCUGGCAAAGACGGUGAAACAGGUCCUCAGGGUCCUUCUGGUCCAUCAGGUCUUGCUGGUGAGAGAGGUGAACAAGGUCCUCCCGGUCCUCCUGGCUUCCAGGGUCUGCCAGGUCCUCCAGGUCCUCCUGGUGAAGGUGGCAAGCCAGGUGACCAGGGUGUUCCAGGUGAGGCUGGUGCUGCAGGCCCGACAGGUCCACGAGGUGAACGAGGUUUCCCAGGUGAACGCGGAUCUCCAGGUUCUCAGGGACUGCAGGGUCCACGUGGUCUUCCAGGUACUCCUGGUGCUGAUGGUCCUAAGGGUGCAGCUGGCGCUCCUGGUCCUAACGGUGCUCAAGGUCCACCCGGUCUCCAGGGUAUGCCAGGCGAGAGGGGUGCUGCUGGAAUUCCCGGUCCAAAAGGCGACAGAGGCGAUAAUGGUGAGAAAGGACCUGAGGGCGCACCUGGCAAAGAUGGCGGACGAGGUGCAACUGGUUUUCCUGGUGCUGCUGGGAGGGUUGGUCCACCUGGUCCUAAUGGUAACCCAGGUCCAGUGGGUCCUCCUGGUGCUCCUGGUAAAGACGGUCCUAAAGGGCUACGUGGUGAUCCUGGUCAUGCUGGACGCGCUGGUGACCCUGGUCUUCAAGGGCCAGCUGGUGCUGCUGGGGAGAAAGGUGAACCUGGUGAAGAUGGUCCUCCUGGUGCCGAUGGUCCUCCCGGUCCACAAGGUUUGUCUGGUCAGCGUGGUAUUGUAGGUCUUCCUGGUCAGCGUGGAGAAAGAGGUUUCCCUGGUCUCCCUGGUCCUUCUGGUGAGCCUGGCAAACAAGGAGCACCUGGUUCUGCUGGUGACCGUGGCCCCCCUGGUCCUGUUGGUCCACCUGGUCUCACUGGUCCUUCUGGAGAGCCUGGACGUGAGGGCAACCCUGGCGCUGAUGGUCCUCCUGGUCGUGAUGGUGCAACUGGUAUGAAGGGUGCUCAAGGUCCAAUGGGUCCUUCUGGUCCUGCUGGUGCCCGUGGUAUGCCUGGUCCUCAAGGUCCUCGGGGCGACAAGGGCGAAGCUGGUGAGGCAGGUGAAAGAGGGCAGAAAGGUCACAGAGGCUUCACUGGUUUGCAGGGUCUACCUGGUCCUCCUGGUCCUCCUGGUGAUCAAGGUGCUGUUGGUGUUGCUGGUCCUGCUGGUCCUCGCGGUCCUCCUGGUCCUGUUGGGCCACCUGGUAAGGAUGGUGCAAAUGGUCUGACUGGUCCCAUUGGUCCGCCCGGCCCACGAGGGCGUUCUGGUGAAACUGGCCCUGCUGGUCCUCCUGGUAAUGCUGGUCCUCCUGGUCCCCCUGGUCCUCCAGGCCCUGGUAUCGAUAUGUCUGCCUUCGCUGGCCUGUCGCAACCUGAGAAAGCUCCUGACCCACUCCGAUACUUCCGGGCUGACCAGGCUGCUCCAUUCUUGCGCCAACAUGAUGCUGAGGUUGAUGCCACUCUGAAAUCCCUCAACAACCAAAUUGAAAAUAUCCGCAGCCCAGAAGGAAGCAAGAAAAACCCAGCUCGUACCUGCCGAGACCUGAAACUUUGUCAUUCAGACUGGAAGAGCGGUGAUUACUGGAUCGAUCCUAACCAGGGCUGCACACUCGAUGCCAUCAAGGUCUUCUGUAACAUGGAAACUGGUGAGACCUGCGUCUAUCCCAACCCAACGAGCAUUCCACGCAAGAACUGGUGGACAAGCAAGGGAAAAGACAAGAAGCAUGUAUGGUUUGGCGAGACUAUGAAUGGUGGUUUCCACUUCAGCUAUGGCGAUGGUAGUUUGACAGCCAACACUGCUGCCAUCCAGAUGACUUUCCUGCGUCUACUGUCUACUGAGGCCUCCCAGAACAUCACCUAUCACUGUAAGAACAGCAUUGCCUACAUGGAUAGAGCUUCUGGCAAUCUGAAGAAGGCCCUCCUAUUGCAAGGCUCGAAUGACAUUGAAAUCAGAGCUGAAGGAAACAGCAGGUUCACAUAUACUGUCUUGGAAGAUGGUUGCACGAAACAUACUGGCAAGUGGGGCAAGACAGUCAUUGAAUACAGGUCACAGAAAACAACCCGUUUGCCCAUUGUGGAUGUUGCACCUUUGGAUAUUGGUGGUUCAGAUCAAGAAUUUGGUGUUGACAUUGGCGCAGUCUGCUUCUUGUAAAAUAAUAAGGACCUCAGUACUUUCCAAUCACUUCUAGGACUUCUGCACUGAAUGGCUGAUCCAAUCCAUCACUCCAUUCAUCCACACGCUUACAUUUUGGACUUCAUGGCCUAGCUGGACAGACUGUGAAAACGGUUAAUUUAUUUAUUGUUUUCCUGUAAGAUCGUCAAGUCAGGUGGAAGUGUUACUGAUAUCUGUUGAAGGCCCUCCCCUGGAUUGUACCAGCGCAGGUCUUACUAAAAUUCAUGCCGUACCAGUCUGUAAAAAAGGUUACUAGCAGGAGACUGUGUAAAAUAUAAAAAAAAUGGUGCUAUGUUGUAAAACCAGUCUGUAACAUGGAGAACAAUUGAUAUAAAAAAUGUGGAAAGUACAAGUUGAUCUGGGCUUUUUUUUUGUGGAUUUUUUUUUGCAGACUUUGAGAGACUCUAACUGCUCCAGUAUCUAACGUUGCCUGCCCUCUUUUUCUAUCAAGGAAGUUUGGAACAACCAAUCUAGAACUUCCCCAGUUUAAGCUACCUCACACUAAUGAUCUUAAGGGGACUAAACACACAGUAGCAGGGACAGAAGCUAGAAAAAAUAAGUCCUGAUGAUCAUUCUUAUUUCCAAUUCAAUUUAGAACAGAAAGGUGCUCCUUUUUUUUUUGGCUUCUGGUUUCUUCUUCUGUGGCAGUUUAGUGAACAAGAGGGAUCCAGUCAAGAUUUGAUGGUGCUGACUAAAAACAAUUCUGAAGCUGCCAUUUGUGUUGUUACAGAACUGUAACACCAACUUAACAUCCAGUCAUUUUUAUAAAGAACAAAAUCAGUAUUGCAGCAAAAAAAUUCUACGUGGAUGAUGUGUGGUCUGAUCUCCAAACAAACUUGGUGAAAACCAUUCACAGAAUUUUUUUUCCCUUAUGUUUUCCAAAGUUAGGCAUGUGGAUAAAAAUUAAUCCUAUUUUUUCUCCUACGACCUAUUUUUCUCCCUAAUUCCAUGCAUCUCUUGCUUUCAUGCAACCUUUAUUCUUGUUACUAGAGGGGGAAGAAAAGAGGUAGACUUUUUUGGGGGGGGCAAGUCAAACCAAGGAUAUGUACUAUUUUGUAUAUGUAAAAUAGUUCAAAUAUUUUUAAAUAAUUUUGCAAUACUGGUUUUAAGCAUGGUAGACUAGAACAUUCCCAUCACAACACUAAUGAAUUUGUUCCUUGUGAAAAGAUUCUGUCACUUUGUACUUUUUUUUCUCAACCCACUACCCCUCCUCUGCAGCAAUAAAGAUAGAAAGCUUUUCUAUAAAAAACACAUUUGUUUUGAAUUUUUUUUAUUUGUAUUAAAUCCAUCCUAUGAUGUAUCUUUGUUGAAUGUUUAUCUAGUCUGGGAUAUUUCAUUACAGAAAAUGAAA